AAUCAAAUCAGCUGACUCCAGUCAGUAGUAUUGUACAACACGCAAUAAGUUUUACUUGAACAUACAGAAUAAAAUAACGAAAAUGAGUAUUUUUCUAAAAUCUUUCGUGUCCGUAGUUAAACCGGUACACUUGGUAAGAAGUGUUUCAACAACUUGUGCAAGAUGUAAAGAUGAAUUAGAUGAUAUUAUUCAUCCUUUAAGUCACGAACCGAGCAUACCACUGUAUGUUGAACGUAAUGACGAAAAUAUAGAUGUUAAACGAGCAAGGCUGGUCUACCAAUCUCGUAAACGUGGUAUGUUAGAAAAUGGUCUUCUUUUAAGUACAUUUGCUAAGAAAUAUUUAUCUGAAUUUAAUGAUAAACAAUUACAAUUAUACGACCGUCUCAUCAAUUUACCAUCAAACGACUGGGACAUAUUUUACUGGGCUACAGGUGCAAAGCCUACUCCAGCUGAAUUUGAUAAUGAAGUUAUGAACUUAUUAAAAAAACAUAUAAAAAAUGAAGAUCGUCAAGCAAGGAUAAUGCAACCAGCAUUGUAAAUAUUAUAGUAUUCAAAAAUAAAAUUAUAUCACUAUAGCAAAAUAUUAUUUAUUUGUUUAAAUAAUGAAUAUUUCUUUUAAGAGUAUACAUAUAGAUACAUUAUUUAUUGUGAAUGUGACCUGAGUAGAAAUAUAAAUAUUUCAAUCAAUAAGAAA